AUGGUUGGUGAUCGUCUCUGGGAUCUCAAUGUUUCCAAGGAAGCGCAGGAGAAGAAACCCAUCUUCAGUCUCGCUCUGGUGUGCUGCUGUCAUGGCGGCAGCGAUGAAGCAGGAGAUGGAAAGAGGAAAGAGGAAGAGAAGGGCUACCGACACAAUAUUUAUACAAUCCCCGCUAAACUACUUUAG